CGCGCGCUUGACAAAAAGGAAGUCAUCUCUGGAAAAUUAAACUGUCGCUUGUUGUGAGUUUUUCUUUCAAGAAAUAAAAAGACGACGUUUUUCGGCCCCAUAACCCUCAACGAUGGCGCAGGAAAAUAUUUUCCUCUUCGUUCCCAAUUUAAUCGGUUACGCCCGGGUGGUCUUGGCCCUGCUGUCUUUCUUCUUGAUGCCCUGCUGCCCGUGGCCCGCCGUCUUCUUCUACCUGCUCAGCGGUCUCCUCGACGCCUUUGACGGUCACGCCGCACGGGCGCUUAAUCAGUCCACCAAGUUUGGCGCCAUGUUGGACAUGCUGACUGACCGCUGCGCCACCAUGUGUCUGCUGGUGAACCUGUCCCUGAUCUACCCCUCCUACACCUUCCUGUUCCAGCUCAGCAUGUGUCUGGACAUCGCCAGCCACUGGCUGCACCUGCACAGCUCGACUGUGAAGGGAUCGGCCAGUCACAAGACCAUCGACCUCUCUGGCAACCCGGUCCUCCGCAUCUACUACACGUCCAAGCCGGUGCUGUUUGUGAUGUGCGCCGGGAACGAGCUCUUCUUCUCUCUGCUCUACGUCCUCCAUCACAUCGAGGAACCUUUUGCCUGGCUCUACUGGCUGCAGGGACUCUGCGGGACGAUCUGCCUGCUGAAGUCCGGCAUCAGCGUCCUGCACCUGAUCACCGCUUCCCAGAACAUGGCCGCCCUGGACGCCGCCGAGCGAGAGAAAAGCAUGAAGACACAGUGAGAGAGAGAGAGAGAG